CGUGCCGGACGAAGCGCUUCAGUGCGCAAGGUGCACCGUCACCACCGAGCGGUAGUUGUGUACCACCGAGGAGAAGUUGUGUUCCACAGCCCGUCUGUCAAGUCGCUUCGCUGGGGCGAACUCUGCAUAAAGAAAACUUUUAUUUCAAAUUGUUUGUUGGAAACGAGUUAGAAACGUCCAGGAGUUUGGUUUGUGUCCAGGAGUUUGUAAAACAUUAACGACAUUCAAACGUGUCACCAUUCAAAUGACAGGAUGGAUGCUUCAAUGUAUUUGAAAUGUAUAUUGGUGGUCCGCUGCGCCAUCUCCACGGUGUGGUGUGGCCAGGUGUGUGACGUGGUGAGUGAGAUCGAGCUGGAGAGAGAACACUGUGACAACAAAACCUCUGGGAACGUCUCGGCAGGUUGUCAAGGGAAGUGGGAUAUCAUCGCUUGUUGGCCGUCUGCCAGGGUGGGAGAGGUCAUCACCAUCAAGUGUCCUAAGUACUUCAGUUACUUCUCUGACCAUAUAGUCAAACAUAAAGGUAACCUGUCCAAGACAUGUACCUCAGAGGGUUGGACUGAAAUGCACCCACUGGACAUCGCCCUGAACUGUGGUUAUAACGCCAACAACACUGGAGAUGACGGGAACUUCUUCUGGCAGGUGAAAAUUGGCUACACUGUUGGACACAGCAUCUCCCUGAUCUCCCUCAUCACAUCGAUAGUCAUACUGAGUAUCUUCAGGAAACUCCGCUGCACUCGGAACUACAUCCACAUGCACCUGUUUGUGUCAUUCAUCUUGAAGGCCAUCGCUGUGUUUACGAAGGAUGUGGUUCUGUACCAGCUCGGAGAGGUUGACAACUGCUCCCCAGGAUCUAUGGGCUGCAAGGCGGUGAUGGUCUUCUUCCAGUACUGUAUAAUGGCCAGCUUCUUCUGGCUGCUGGUGGAAGGCCUGUAUCUCCGUGCCCUAUUGGCCGUUUCCUUCUUCUCUGAGAGAAAGUACUUCUGGUGCUACAUUCUGAUUGGCUGGGGAGGGCCAACUAUCUUCAUCACAGCUUGGGGUGUUGCGAAGGCCUACUAUAAUGACAUGGGGUGCUGGGACAUAAUUGAAAAGACAGAGAUGUUCUGGUGGAUCAUUAAGACACCAAUACUGGCUUCCAUCCUGAUGAACUUCAUCCUCUUCAUCUGCAUCAUCAGGAUCCUCCGGCAGAAGAUCAACUGUCCAGACAUGGGAAGGAACGAGUCCAACCAGUACUCGAGGCUGGCCAAGUCCACCCUGCUGCUGAUUCCUCUUUUUGGAAUCAACUUCAUCGUGUUUGCCUUCAUCCCAGAGCAGGUGAACACAGAGCAACGGCUGGUCUUCGACCUCGUACUGGGAUCAUUCCAGGGCUUUGUGGUUGCUGUUCUCUACUGCUUCUUAAACGGAGAGGUGCAGUCUGAGAUGAAGAGGAAGUGGAGGCGGUGGAACCUGCAGCACUACAUGGGUUCUGACACCAGUAAGCAGCAGCACCCCUCUACGAGAAACAGUAACAGCAACAACUACUCCACUCAGAUCUCAAUGUUGAGCAGCUGCAGCCCAAAGACACGCCGCGCAUCCUCCUCCUGCCAGGACGCCUCCUCAAUGAUCUGACCACACACACACACACACACACACACACACACACACACACACACACACACACACACACACACACACACACACACACACACACACACACACACACACACACACACAGACACACACACACACACACACACACACACACACACACACAGACACGCACACGCACGCACAUACACACACACACACACACACACACACACACACACACACACACACACAGACAUAGAUACUCACACAUACAAAGAUACACACACAUACAUAGAUACACACACAUACAUAGACACACACAGAAAGAGAGAGAGACACACACACACACACAUACACGCACACAUACAGAGACAUACACACACAUAGAUACUCACACAUACAAAGAUACACACACAUACAUAGAUACACACACAUACAAAGAUACACACACACACAUAGAUACACACACACACACACACACACACAUAGAUACACACAUAGAUAUAGACACACAUAGACACAUAGACACACACACACACAUACACACAUACACACACACACACACACACACACACAUAGACACACACACACACACACACACACACACACACACACACACACACACACACACACACACACACACACACACACACACACACACACACACACACACACAGACACACACACACACACACACACACACACACACAGACACACACACACACACACACACACACACACACAUAGACACACACACACACACACACACACACAUUGCACCUGGGAGCAUUGGAACACUGGAGAAACACCUGGGAGCCUGGGAGCAUUACGUACAACAUAGUGAGAACCAUACAUUGUUAUGUCCUGCUGGUUCUUACCUGGUUCUUGGGCAGGGCAGAGCCCAAGACAGGACAGAGCCCAGGACAGGACAGAGCCCAGAACAGGACAGAGCCCAGAACAGGACAGAGCCCAAAACAGGACAGAGCCCAAGACAGGACAGAGCCCAGAACAGGACAGAGCCCAGAACAGGACAGAGCCCAAGACAGGACAGAGCCCAAGACAGGACAGAGCCCAGAACAGGACAGAGCCCAAGACAGGACAGAGCCCAGAACAGGACAGAGCCCAAGACAGGACAGAACCCAAGACAGGACAGGACAGAGCCCAAGACAGGACAGAGCAGAGUCCAAGACAGGACAGAGCCCAGGACAGGACAGAGCCCAGAACAGGACAGAGCCCAGAACAGGACAGAGCCCAGAACAGGACAGAGCCUAGGGAAGGGCAUAGCCCAAGACAGGACAGAGCCCAGAACAGGACAGAGCCUAAGACAGGGCAGGACAGAGCCCAGAACAGGAACAGCUGAGAACAAUAGAGGACAGGACAGUGCUAGGUCUUGCUGGUUCCUACUUGUUUCCUGUUUCCUGGUUCCUGUUCCUGAGUGGAAGACAUUAUGAGGACAACAGGACAGGAGCCAAGGACAGGACAGAGCCCAGACAGGACAGAGUCCAAGACAGGACAGAGCCCAGAACAGGACAGAGCCCAAGACAGGACAGAGCCCAGAACAGGACAGUGCCCAAGACAGGACAGAGCCCAGAACAGGACAGAGCCCAAGACAGGACAGAGCCCAGAACAGGACAGAGCCCAAGACAGGACAGAACCCAAGACAGGACAGGACAGAGCCCAAGACAGGACAGAGCCCAGAACAGGACAGAGCCCAGAACAGGACAGAGCCCAGAACAGGACAGAGCCCAAGACAGGACAGAGCCCAGAACAGGACAGAGCCCAGAACAGGACAGAGCCUAAGACAGGGACAGCUGAGAACAAUAGAGGACAGGACAGUGCAGAGCCCAGGGCAGGGACAGCUGAGAACAAUAGAGGACAGGACAGUGCUAGGUCUUGCUGGUUCCUACUUGCUUCCUGUUUCCUUUCCUGUUCCUGAGUGGAGGACAUUAUGAGGACAACAGGACAGGAGCCAAGGACAAGACAGAGCCCAGACAGGACAGCCCAGGACAGGACAGGAAAGGACAGAACAGCUUGGCACUGGACAGGGACAGGGGAGGAUAGGAAGGACAGGGACAGGGGAGGAUAGGACAGAACAGCUUGGCACUGGACAGGGACAGGGGAGGAUAGGAAGGACUGGGACAGCUUGGUACUGGACAGGGACAGGGGAAGAAGGACAGAACAGCUUGGUACUGGACAGGGACAGGGGAGGAAGGACAGAACAGCUUGGCACUGGACAGGGACAGGGGAGGAAGGACAGAACAGCUUGGCACUGGACAGGGACAGGGGCGGAUAGGACAGAACAGGGACAGGGGAGGAUAGGAAGGACAGGGACAGGGGAGGAUAGGACAGAACAGCUUGGCACUGGACAGGGACAGGGGAGGAUAGGACAGAACAGCUUGGUACUGGACAGGGACAGGGGAGGUAAUAGGAAGGACAGCUUGGUACUGGACAGGGACAGGGGAAGAAGGACAGAACAGCUUGGUACUGGACAGGGACAGGGGAGGAAGGACAGAACAGCUUGGUACUGGACAGGGACAGGGGAGGAAGGACAGAACAGCUUGGCACUGGACAGGGACAGGGGAGGAUAGGACAGAACAGCUUGGUACUGGACAGGGACAGGGGAGGUAAUAGGAAGGACAGCUUGGUACUGGACAGGGACAGGGGCGGAUAGGACAGAACAGCUUGGUACUGGACAGGGACAGGGGAGGAUAGGAAGGACAGGGACAGGGGAGGAUAGGAAGGACAGGGACAGGGGAGGAUAGGAAGGACAGAACAGCUUGGCACUGGACAGGGACAGGGGAGGAUAGGAAGGACAGAACAGCUUGGCACUGGACAGGGACAGGGGAGGAUAGGAAGGACAGGGACAGGGGAGGAUAGGAAGGACAGGGACAGGGGAGGAUAGGAAGGACAGGGACAGGGGAGGAUAGGAAGGACAGGGACAGGGGAAGAUAGGAAGGACAGGGACAGGGGAGGAUCAGGGGAGGAUAGGACAGAACAGCUUGGUACUGGACAGGGACAGGGGAGGAUAGGAAGGACAGGGACAGCUUGGUACUGGACAGGGACAGGGGAGGAUAGGAAGGACAGAGCAGCUUGGUACUGGACAGAGACAGGGGAGGAUAGGAAGGACAGGGACAGGGGAGGAUAGGACGGGAAGGGAAACAGCCUCAGGGUAGCACCUGUCCAGAAGAAUUUGAAUCUGUGAAAAAUCCAUUUUAAACUUUUAUAAUCCAUGAUGCUUUACCAAACAUUACAGCUGCUGACUGGAAUAUGAAGUCAAAUCACUCUCCCUCUCCCUCGCUCCCCCUCUCCCUCACUCCCACUCUCCCAUUCUCCCCCUCUCCCUCACCCCCCCUCUCCCUCACUCCCCCUCUCCCUUUCUCCCCCUCUUCCUCACGAUCACUCUCCCUUUCUCCCACUCUCCCUUGCUCCCCCUCUCCCUCACGAUCACUCUCCCUCACUCCCACUCUCCCUCUCCCUCACUGCCACUCUCACCCCCUCUCCCUCACUGCCACUCUCCCCCUCUCCCUCACUCCCCCUCUCCCUCACUGCCACUCUCCCUCUCCCUUGCUACCACUCUCCCCCUCUCCCUGACUACCACUCUCCCUCUCCCUCACUACCACUCUCCUACUCUCCCUCACUACCACUCUCCCUCACUACCACUCUCCCCUCUCCCUCACUACAACUCUCCCUCACUACCACUCUCCCCCUCUCCCUCACUACCACUCUCCCCCUUUCCCUCACGUCCACUCUCCCCCUCUCCCCCACUACUACUCUCCCUCUCUCCACCUCUCCAUCCCACUCUCCCUCACUACUACUCUCCCCCACUACCCCUCUUCCUCACUACCACUCUCCCCCUCUUCCUCACUACCGUUCUCCCUCACUCCCCCUCUCCCUCACUACCCCUCUCCCUCACACCACUCUCCCUCACUACCACUCUCCCCUCCCCCUCACUACCACUCUGAUUUAGCUAGCUGUCAGUGUUAGUGUUAGCUAGUAUAGCUAGCUGUUAGUGUUAGUUUUAGCUGAUGUAGAUAGUUGUUAGUGUUAGUGUUAGCUAGUAUAGUUAGCUGUUAGGGUUAGUGUUAGCUGAUAUAGCUAGCUGUCAGUGUUAGUGUUAGCUAGUAUAGCUAGCUGUUAGUGUUAGUUUUAGCUGAUGUAGAUAGUUGUUAUGGUUAGUGUUAGUUAGUAUAGCUAGCUGUUAGGGUUAGUGUUAGUUAGUAUAGCUAGCUGUUAGGGUUAGUGUUAGCUAGUAUAGAUAGUUGUUAUGGUUAGUGUUAGCUGAUAUGGCUAGCUGUCAGUGUUAGUGUUAGCUAGUAUAGCUAGCUGAUAGAGUUAGUGUUAGCUGAUGUAGAUAGUUGUUAUGGUUAGUGUUAGCUUGUAUAGCUAGCUGUUAGUGUUAGUUUUAGCUGAUGUAGAUAGUUGUUAGUGUUAGUGUUAGCUAGUAUAGUUAGCUGUUAGGGUUAGUGUUAGCUGAUAUAGCUAGCUGUCAGUGUUAGUGUUAGCUAGUAUAGCUAGCUGUUAGUGUUAGUUUUAGCUGAUGUAGAUAGUUGUUAUGGUUAGUGUUAGUUAGUAUAGCUAGCUGUUAGGGUUAGUGUUAGUUAGUAUAGCUAGCUGUUAGGGUUAGUGUUAGCUAGUAUAGAUAGUUGUUAUGGUUAGUGUUAGCUGAUAUGGCUAGCUGUCAGUGUUAGUGUUAGCUAGUAUAGCUAGCUGAUAGAGUUAGUGUUAGCUGAUGUAGAUAGUUGUUAUGGUUAGUGUUAGCUUGUAUAGCUAGCUGUUAGUGUUAGUUUUAGCUGAUGUAGAUAGUUGUUAUGGUUAGUGUUAGCUAGUAUAGAUAGCUGUUAGGGUUAGUGUUAGCUGAUAUAGCUAGCUGUCAGUGUUAGUGUUAGCUAGUAUAGCUAGCUGUCCGGGUUAGCUGAUAUACCUAGCUGUUAGGGUUAGGGUUAGCUGGUAUAGCUAGCUGUUAGGGUUAGUGUUAGCUGAUAUAGCUAGCUGUUAGGGUUAGGGUUAGCUGAUAUACCUAGCUGUUAGGGUUAGGGUUAGUUGAUAUAGCUAGCUGUUAGGGUUAGGGUUAGCUGAUAUACCUAGCUGUUUGGGUUAGGGUUAGCUGGUAUAGCUAGCUGUUAGUGUUAGUUGGUCUAGUUAGCUGUUAGGGUUAAUGUUAGCUGCUAUAGCUAGCUGUUAGUGUUCGCUAGUAUAUCUAGCUGUUAGGGUUAGCUGAUAUAGCUAGCUGUUAGUGUUAGCUGAUAUUGCUAGCUGUUAGGGUUAGCUGAUAUUGCUAGCUGUUAGGGUUAGCUGAUAUUGCUAGCUGUUAGGGUUAGCUGAUAUUGCUAGCUGUUAGGGUUAGCUGGUAUUGCUAGCUCUUAGUGUUAGGGUUCGCUGGUGGAGCUGGCUACAUUUUAAUAAAAGCUUGAUGAAGUUUUUACAUUCCUAUGUGAAUAUUUAUAUUCAUUUGAAACGUUUAACAUUUUGAUGAUGAUGCUGAAAAACGAUUGAAGCCUCAAAUCUCUGUCCCUCAUCUCUGUGUGUGUGUGUGUGUUUGUGUGUGUGUGUUUGCAGUCUUUUUAGUGUAUCUGUGUAUCUGCAGCUGUGUAUCUGCCAAAGUACCUCUUAUACGUUCUCAUAAUCAACAAUGUACUAUACUGUGCUCAAACUGAUGAUAUUUGAACAAAGUGUUUAAUUGAUCAUUUAUUUCCAGUUAUUGCUGGCAUGGUCAUUAUGAAUUAUGUGAAAUAAUAUUGUAAACAGUCCAAUAAGACACAGAGGUAACAACUAUUUUAAUCGUAAAGUAAUUUUUCCAGUAUAAAACCUGUCUAUUCACUUGUGUUUAUAAAAAGUACAUACAUACAUGUUGCUAGAGAACUGGAUGUUGUUGAACUGAAUACUAUGAUUUCAUAUCGUCUUUUUGAAAUGGAUUCUGUUGAGUGCAUAAUGCCUGCAGCACGAGUAACAUAAUGAACCAGUAUGUAAAAGCACCAUAACAUGCUACAUGUUACUCACUAGGACUACACGUCAACAACAAGUUGUUAUUAGCUUGUUGUGUUGAUGUUAACAAACAAAACCACUCUUUACUUUUGAUAUGCUGUCCUUUUCAUUUCCAUGUACAUAUAGAUGGGAAAUAGUUUGUUAUAUUGGCAGAAAACUGGAUUUUCCGUGAAGGUUUUAAAGUGUUCACCACUCAAACCAUUGCAAAUAAAAUAUUUAAAGAACCAUG